AUGGAUGAUAUUAAUGAAACAAGUUUUGUUGUUGACGAAGUAUCAAACGUGAUUAAAGAAAGUAUUGAGGCGACAAUCGGUUCACAAUCUUAUCAACAAGCGAAAAUAAAUACAUGGACAUCAAAUAUCGUUGAAGCUAUUCUAAAUUCAUUAACAAAAUUAAAUAAACCAUUUAAAUAUAUCGUUUCGUGUGUUAUUAUGCAAAAGAAUGGUGCUGGUUUACAUACGGCAUCAAGUUGCUUUUGGGACAAUUCAACCGAUGGUUCAUGUACAGUUAGAUGGGAAAACAAGACAAUGUACUGUAUAGUCUCGGUGUUUGGUCUGUCAAUUUAA